UGUUAGUACUUCUAUAUUCGUUUGUUGCAUAUAAAAGCAACUCUGUGUAUCUUAUACAUAAAACAGCUGAGCAAAAAAUCUCUAAAUUUGAUAAAUAUUUAUGCAUCCAAAUAUUCAAAAAAGAGAAAUUUUGAAUUUAUAGUUGCAAGAAAAUUUAUAAAAAUUGUGAAAAUAUUUCAUGUUUGGCAAAUGCAUUAUCGAGUGAAGUGCCGUAGAAUGGAAAAGGGAACGAUUUUGUUAUUACUUGGUUGUCUGCAAAUUUUGCAUUGUCUGAUUUUGGCAAAUGGUGAAAAUAUCGGCAUAGCAACGUCAUCAGUGCAAAAUGCAUUGCCAAAUAAUACUCUGGCAAAAAAUAACACAGAGUCUUUGUCACAAUUAUUAAAUACAACGGGAAGCAAUGCCAACGUGCAUAAAAAUCGUAAUGUAACACCAACAGGAACGGAAAACAACACGAAAAGUGCAAAUGUAUCUAUAGAUCGAAUUAACAAUAAGACGGAGGCGUUAGUAAAAAACGGUAAUUUUGUGGCAUUUAAUAACUCGGAAAAUAUCGAAAACAGUUCUCAAAGUUCCAGUACAACUAAUAUUCACAACGAAAGCACUAACCUAGGUGUAAUAACGGUGAAUGCAACAGAUGUAACAAGUCUAAAAGACAAGAUAAAAACAACAAUUGCAAAACCGGGUGUCAAAAAUGAAGAUAACGCGCAAGCAUCAAAUAAAACAACGGAAAUAAAAUAUGGUACGAAACCAACACAAUCUACCACAUCAACCAAAGGUACUACCGCAUCCAGUACUACAACUACAACUACGACCACCACCACCACCACCACUACUACUACUACUACUACUACUACUACCACCACCACCACACCCAAGCCAAAGAAACCAAUUAUCACAUUUGGACUUGGUGAUUUCCCAAUUUUACCAGGAGAGACGAACGUUAUAAAGGAGAUGGUUGCAUCUAGCUCAAAACUGCCAGUGGCGAACGAACCCAUUGUGCCACCGAAUGUGCAACCGUCACAAGAAUUAAACAAUGGGUUCAGCUAUUACAGCAGCCGAGAUUACAUAGUACCCAUUAUGACAGUUCUCUUCACAAUACCCUUGGCAAUUGGAGUUGUGAUUACCACUUAUCGCCGUUUCCGCGAUUGCUGGUCUACGCGACAUUAUCGUCGAAUGGAUUUCUUGGUUGAUGGCAUGUACAAUGAUUGACAAAUAGAUACUAAGGAUAUAGUCGAUAUCUCCAACGGAACAUAUGAAGCAGAGACAGAUAAUGAUAAUGCUGUAGAUUUUGCUCAGCAAUUAUUACAAGAAAGCACGAUAACAAUAUCUUAAUACAUAGUU